AUGGUUUUUAUUGAUGGUGUUAAAUACGCUUGUGCAACGUGCAUUAAAGGUCAUCGUUCUACCGCUUGUCAGCAUUCUGACCGACCACUCUUUGUUAUCAAAAGGAAAGGUCGACCUAUAACCCAAUGUUCACAUUGUCGUGAACUUCGUAAAACCCAGAAAGUUCAUGUGAAAUGUAAUUGUCUCGAAAGGAAAAAGGAAGAAACACGUUUGCCACAACCUCAAGCUAUUGCAAUUUUAUCACAAGGAAUUCCCAAUAGGGAUGAUAUCACUGACAAUCAAAGUUCUUAUAAUGGGCCUACUUCAGAGGAUAAGACUUCAGUGGGUGCAUUACUGAACCCGUGUCAAUGUCUAACUGGAGCAAAAUGUAUUUGUUGUCGACCCAUUGAACCACAAUAUGAUGCUAAUCACAAUAAUUUAGGAAUGACUGAAUCAUCGGAUCAAACUCCAAAGUUUAUGUUGCCACCAAUCCCCUCUCCACUUGAUAAUAAUAAUUCGCAACUUCCUUUUGUAUCUUGGGACAAUCAUCUUAAUAACAAUAAUGAAGGAACGCAUUCAAGUCAUAAUUAUCCUUCUUUCGCACGAAGAAACAAUUCACAUUUGAAUAACCCUUAUAGUCAAAAUUCAUUAGAAAAAGGAUAUUCAGAUAAUAAUAAAGAUGAUGAUAUAUAUUUGGGAACUCAUGAUCAAACUGGUGUUCUAGGUGAAGAAAUUUGUCAUAGUACUUCUGCUGAUUUGGUCAAUAUAAUCUAUAAACCAUUUCAAAGUUGUUCUUCUGCAAUGAAAGAUGGAAGUUGUUGUGGUAGUAGUAACUCUACAACAGUGAUGCCAAUUUGUAGAUGUGGUUCAGGAUGUAAAUGUGAAGGUUGUGAUGCUCAUGCGGAAAGAGUUGGAGAUUCUUAUAAUACAAUUUCUCAAGUUUCUCAACAAGGUCGUCCAAAAUAUUCAUGUUGUUCUUCCUUUUCUCCCGAGAUCAUUCAACCUAUUCAGCCUGAACACACUGUCACCUUGGACGAAGAUGGUGUGCAAAUGUGUGGCUGUGGUUGUAAUAAAUAUGACUCGGAUUGUUCAGAUUGUUUAAAAAGUUUAUGUGAAGAAUACUUGUUAAAACAACCUCCAAUGUGA